UGGCACGACAGAUUCUCUCUAUAGCGCACGAAAUUAUCGCGUCAUUUUCUUUCACUUUAUAAGUGGCCGUCGUCACGGGAGUAUAUACAUGAAGUGAUUAUCCAUAUGCAGCAUUAAACGGGCCUCUACUAGCAAUAACAGCCCUAGCACGAGCAAUUACAGGAGUAUCUAUCAAAGAAGCUGAAGGGACUCGAGUCUCACCUAAGCGUUAUGUGCCUCGUAUGGAGAUAUAGAUUAGUCGUUUCCAUCAUUCUGGUUGUGCUCUGUGAUGUUUAUGCAUCAGACCCACAACCAAUUGGAAAAGUUUAUCCGCGCGGAAAUCACUGGGCUGUUGGGCAUUUAAUGGGCAAGAAAAGCACAGAUGAGCGGGUAAGACCUGAGGAUCCAGAAGGCAAUGAUGAUACCUCUAUGACGAUUCUAGAUCAGGAUCAGCAGCUGGAAAGACACAACAAACAUCUGCUGCUGCCAGUCCUGCAUACGCUCGUGAGAGGACGGACGGCACCGGAGAGCAUGCUGGAGGGCACAGAGGAGAUCGAUGCUCAUAAACUACUCCAGCGCAUGCUGGAAGAGAGACAUCACUGGGAGGAAGUUCAUGAGAGGGACAGACAAGUCAAACUGGCUGAGGAUGUCUUGUUACGGGCUUUAUUAAUGCAGGAUGACAAUGAAAGCUGAGGACCAACUGGACAAAAGACUAUGGUUUGAAGUUCUUAUGGUUUGAAGGCUUGAUUGAAUACAAAUAUCUUUAUUUGACAACAUAUAAAUAAGCAUGUUAUAUUUUUUAUGCCAAUAUCACUACAAAAAAAAAUGCAUAAACUGAGUGUCAUUAUUCUGUAUAUUUUAUGUUAUUGUUUUAUAACUGAAUUCAUCUUCAUGAUAACUGACACCAUAGUAACCAUUGUUGUCACAGUUCAAUUGAUUAAUAUUUAAUAAACUUAACUUGUUGAACUGUCUGCGGUUUAUAAAAACAACAGUGUACUCACUUGCGCUUCAUUUGAAAUGU